AUGGCCGUCUUUGUAGAUCUUGAAGACGAGGAUGUCGACCCCGGCCAGGUUCAGCCUUUUCAUCAUGGCUUGAACCUGCCGGUUAGGAAUGGUACUGGAACGGGGAUCGUCACCGACAUCGGCCGGACCAAGAUGGAGGGCGAGGGCAGCGUGAACACUGAGAAACAUCGCGAGGAGGCUCACGAGCCCGCUGUCAGGGAGAAUCCGAACCAGAACUCCCGCAUGACACUGGCUUUGGGAUGCUAUCCUAUCGUCAAGUCUCUGGCUGCCUCCAUUGACUUGAACACGCUUGAUAGCCUGUCGCGAACCUGCCGGCAACUAAGGGCGAACCUACUGCAAUAUCGCAGGUCGCUCCUUGAUUCCACCUUGCAUUGCUCCAACGAAGACCUUCCUAUCGACCCCGAUGCGGUUUUGCGGUAUCGCGCUCGUACCACCAACUGGUUUUACAUGCAAGAGAUGGGAAGAUCCAAUAAACCUUGCAAGGUCGGUCAAUGCGCUCGCGAUAUGGUUGGAGGAUGUCGUCGUUGCGGAACUGUCGUUUGCCGGAAUUGUGCCAUCAAACCUCCGGCACCGAUUGUGCUCCGCGACCGACACCGCCGGCUGUGCGUACCAUGCGCAAAGGCGCCCAUCGGGAAUCUCAUAAAGCCACCCCUUGGGCCCAAGUUUUCCGUCGAGUCGGACGAGGUGCAAAGAGCCAUUUGCAAAUGUGACACAGACGGCGUCUGGCUUUGCCAGCCAUGCGGUAAAACAAUACGAAACGACGAUUAUGAUUACAAAAGCAUCUGGAAAUGGCGUAACCAAUACACCGAUGUCCUCGGCGGUCUCGGCACAGGCAUUGGCGAAGGCGAUCGCGGUGUCAUUUGCGGCCGCGGGAGUGACUGCUGCGCUGCCCGGAAGCGAGAACAGGAGAUCGACUGUGACGCCGAAGAUGCUCAAGAAGCCGACGGCACCUAUGUGUACACUCCGUCUCCCUCCACCACCACUGUCUCGAAUGAUUCCAACAUUUCCAUCGCUCUGUGGGGCACCGAUACUGCCAGCACCGCAAGCAGUAACGGAAGUGUAAACGGUAGUAGCGCUUCCUCGUCAUCUCAGGCGGGAGGUCUUGGCUUUACCCUGCCCAGUCUCGAACGCAGAACCCCUAGUCCUAUGCUGAAGCCCGGCUAUGAGCGGCAUGAGAUCGAAGGCAUCGGCGGUGUGGUUAAGAAGAAGCUGGUCCGGAUGAUCAAGGUCGGGGCUUGCGUUCCUGAGUGGCCUGACGAAAGGGAUCGAGGCGAUAUCCUUGGCCGGGAGAUGCAGGCAAAGGUGAGGAGUUGGUGCGGUUGGUGCUGGAGGGCGAUUCCCGGAAAACUGGACUACGAAUUUGCCAGACAGGAGGCCAGGUGCAAGGCGCUUGAGGAAAAAUAG